CAACAGGAGGUGGUCGGGGCUGGCCAAGAAAGAUUUCAGGAAGUGUUUCAGCCCGAACAACCAAAGAUCCUAUAUUCUUUGCGAACAACUGCAGAUUGCCCUGUACAGAACCGCUCUGAAAACAGCAAGAACAUGCCUGACAUAGAGGUCAAUUUCCCAUUUGUGAAAUCCAAACGGAGUGUGCUGAAGAUUCUGGAGAUGGUUGUGGCCUUUGUGGCUUUUGUCUGCUUUGCUGCUUCAUCAUUCUCUGGGGCCUUCCUGGCCGUUCCACUCAUGGAGAUCUUCAUCACGCUGGCCUUCUACCUCCUGUAUCUGCUCAAGCUCGACUCCAAGAUAACCCAGCUCUUCUGGCCGCUGAUGGACUCUGUGAACUCAGCGUUCGCGGGCCCUAUUCCUGCUGGUUAUUUGUAUCGCGGGCCGUUGUCAUCAAGACCACAGCGGGAAUCAUCACCGGCUCGGUCUUUGGGUUCCUCGGAGUCGUAGUCUACGCAGUUGACACAUACGUAAUAUUCAGCCUCAUAACAUUCAACCAAACAAAGCCCACAAGCGUGCCAGCCAGAUAGUCAUGCGUGUCCAGUAACGUGACUCAUCUCCUGAUGGACCUUCAGCCCCUUCCACACCACGCUCAACUCAUCACUGCAUUUCUGAAACUUUCUGUUAUCUUCUCUUGAGCCUCCUUGGAAUUCACGAUGGGCGCGUGAUUUUCCACCUCAACAUGAAGUAAAGCCUCUCAUCGAACGUUGUCAGAAUAACAUUCAUUGAGUUGCAGAGUCAUACAGCAAGGAAACAGGCCCUUCGCCCCAACUCGUCCAUGCCGACCAAGAUGCCCCAUCUACACUUAUCCCACCUGCCUGCAUUUGGCCCAUGUCCCUCUAAAUUACCUGCCACAUAAUAGGGUUGGUACAGGUGAGGACGUUUCUUGAUCGGCUGAUGAUUGGACAAAAGCCACAGAUGUAAAGCAGAAGGUGUGAGACAAAAGGAUUGAAUAGUUGCAAAUUGUGAAGAUACGAGGAAGGAAUGUAGGUGCAAGGGGGAAAUAAAAAUGACAAGAGUUGUUGUUUCUCUCACUAUUCUUGCUUUUUUUAUUAAUUAAAUUCCAUAGGAAUUCAUUUUUAUGUUGGAAAUUUAAUUUUUUGUGAGUCAUUUGUGAAUUUGGUAAUGGGGAAUUUCCAGUCAGCGCCACUGACGUAACUUGGGUAUACACUGUAAACAUGUUGCAGCUUCAAUAAAACAAUCGCCAAAUUCU